AUGGAUUUAGUCAAUCACUUAACUGACCGCUUGUUGUUUGCAGUCCCAAAAAAAGGGAGAUUAUAUGAAAAAUGUUGCCAGCUUCUAGGUGGGGCUGAUAUUCAAUUUAGAAGAUCACCAAGAUUAGAUAUUGCACUUUCAACCAAUUUGCCAAUUGCCUUGAUUUUCCUACCAGCAGCAGACAUCCCAGUCUUCGUUGGAGAAGGUAAUUGUGAUUUGGGUAUAACUGGAAUGGAUCAGGUGAUGGAGUCGGACCAAUUUGAAAAUAUUGAAGAUUUAUUGGAUUUGAAAUUUGGCACGUGUAAACUUCAAGUACAAGUACCAGAAAAAGGAGAAUAUAACCAACCGAAAGAUCUAAUUGGUAAAAAAAUUGUUUCAAGUUUUACAAAAUUGGCAACUGACUAUUUCGAGGAUUUAAAAGUUAAUGCCAAAAGUGAUGUUAAUACGAAUGUGAGAUACGUGGGUGGAUCGGUCGAGGCAUCUUGCGCUUUGGGCGUUGCUGAUGCCAUAGUUGACUUGGUUGAGAGUGGAGAAACAAUGAAAGCAGCUGGGCUAAAGGCCAUUGGAACGAUAUUGACUACAUCAGCCCACUUGUUUUCAUCGAGAACACCAAGGUACCCAGAACUUGUAAAUACUAUAAAAGAAAGAUUGGAAGGUGUUUUGGCAGCACAAGAGUUUGUAUUGUGCAACUACAAUGCGCCAAAAUCCAUUAUGGCUGAGUGUUUGAAAAUCACUCCAGGUAAAAGAGCCGCCACCGUGUCCACUUUAGACAAACAUUCGCCAGAUGAGGAAGACUGGGUGGCUAUAUCAUCAAUGGUUUCGAAAAAGAAAAUCGGUAAUGUUAUGGAUGAUUUGAAGAAAGCCGGUGCUAGUGAUAUUUUAGUCUUGGAUAUCUCAAACUGUAGAGUAUAA